AGCCCAACAAAACCACCACUGGCUGCAGAAACUCAUAAGUCGGCAACUGAGGAUUCCCGAGAAAGGAUUUCCCCCGGAAAAUGUCAACCGCCGACGACAUCCGUAACCUCCCAAUCGACAUCACAUUUUCACGUCUCGGAGAAUGGUUGGUUGAUCGGAAGAGAAUUCCGUCCGAUUGGCGAAAGCGAUUGGCGGCUAUAAGAGCCAAAAUUUCGACGGAGUUCACGUCCUUGCCUAAGGAUAUCGAUCCUUAUUUUCAAACCCUAGACCCUGAAGGGAUUGGUUACAUAGAGGCUAAAAAGAUAUAUGACAUACUUCUUAAGUCAACUCCAGAAAGCAGGAACAUAUUUGGCCGGCUAUCGGGUGCUGCUGGAUCCUGGGAGGCAAUUGUGCGUUCUUUCGAGAAAGAUCAUAUUUUCCUUGGUGAGGUUGCUCAGAUAAUUGUUCAAAAUGUAAAUUAUGAAAUCCCAUAUCAGAAAAAACAGGUGCAGAAGUUUCAACAACAACUGGCAGAACUUGAUCGUAAGGAAGCUGAUAUAAAAAGGAGUGCUGCUCUGUCAGCUUCUAAAUAUGCUGAAGCUUGCCAAGAGCUUGGAUUGCAGGGAAAAAAUGUCAGGCUUGAACUUUUGGAGACUGCAAAUUCACUACCAAGCACUUUUAGCAGAAUUCUGGAAGUAUUAAACAGUGAUUCUGUUUCACGUGCUAUGGAAUAUUAUUCUAAUUUUGUUAAAGAUGCUCACACUGAAAAAGAUAAGUCUCUGUCUAUUGUCUUGCCAAACUUGAAAGACAUUCAUGAAAAUCCACCAUCGUUGAAUGUUUCUGUGGCCUCAGAUUUACUUGAUUCAGCUAAUGGUCAAUCAACCUCUAAUGAAAUAAUCCAAGUGAUGGGUGGCAUGGAUGUCAUUGCAGAUAAUAUUGACUGGGAUAUCUCUGUUGAAGGUGCUCAGAUUAAUUGGGAUAUAGGUACAGUGGAAGAAGCAGAUGAUUCUGCCAACGGCUUGGGUCCGUAUGAGAUGGUUAAUGCAAGUGACUUGCAGAGUUCUGAAGCUAUGGAAUCUGAUAAAACCCCCUUAAAUAAAAUGGAUGAUAGCACACUUCCACAGAUUUCUGUUUCAGAUAUAUCCUGGGACAUUAGUGUUGAAACGCCUCAAGUUGAUGUGAUUGAUGAUGUCAGCUUACCAAAUGUACCCUCUGAAAGUGAGACAUAUGUUCCAGAUACCCUACCUCAAACUCAAAAUCUAGAAAUUAAGGAGGAGAGAAGCCGGCUUUUGGAGACAGAGUACAGGAAUAAGAUUCUUGAUGAUUUGUAUGAGAUAAAAGCAUUUUUGAACCAGCGAUUGGUGGAGUUGAGGAAUGAAGAGACAUUGUCCCUGCAACAUCAAGUCCACACUGUUUCUCCUUUGGUGUUGCAGCAGUAUGCUCCUGAUGCCAUUGAAACAAUGAUGUCUGAGGUUUCUUCAGCAAUUUCUUUGCUAACGAACAGGAAAACAAGAGAUUUAAUCAUGAUUCUAAACUCUAAAAGAUUCUUAGAUAGACUGGUAAGUACUUUGGAGGAAAAGAAGCAUCAUGAAGUGAAAUUAAAAGAGGGUCUGAAGGAUGUGGCUACCAAACGCAUGCAGCUUCAGAAUUCUUUAUCUUCUAUUUGGCCAAAGCAAGAAGCUGCUCUUACAAAAACCAGGGAGCUGAAGAAGCUAUGUGAGAGUACUCUCUCAUCCAUGUUCGAUGGAAGACCAGUUAACAUCAUCGGCGAGAUCAAUACCGUCUUAAACAGUGGCAUUAGUGCAUAAAUCUGGUAAACUAGGAAAGGGGUUAACGACAAUACCUUGUUUAAUUUAGCUGUUUUCUUAUACAUUAAUUCCUAGUUUUUACUCACAUUCAUUUGUAUUCUGGUUCGUAGCUUGACAAAACAAUCUUGUAUUUCAAUUAAGGGUUGUUUAUGGCAUGCUGUUUGCAAUAAAUUUGUUGCAGAAUA